GUGGCAAUCACACGUUGAUUUUUCUCAACUAAUCACAAAGACAUCGGCACCCUCUAUCUAGUAUUUGGUGCUUGAGCCGGAAUAGUAGGAACUGCAUUAAGCCUCCUAAUUCGGGCAGAACUAAGCCAGCCCGGCUCUCUCCUCGGAGACGACCAGAUUUAUAAUGUAAUUGUUACAGCACAUGCUUUCGUAAUAAUUUUCUUUAUAGUAAUGCCAAUUAUAAUUGGAGGUUUUGGAAACUGACUAGUGCCACUAAUGAUUGGUGCACCAGACAUGGCCUUCCCUCGAAUAAAUAACAUGAGUUUUUGACUCCUCCCCCCCUCAUUUCUCCUUCUCCUCGCCUCAUCCGGGGUCGAAGCAGGGGCCGGUACAGGAUGGACUGUUUAUCCCCCGCUCGCAGGCAAUCUCGCCCAUGCUGGGCCUUCCGUUGACUUAACCAUCUUCUCCCUCCAUUUGGCCGGGGUGUCAUCUAUUUUAGGUGCAAUUAAUUUUAUUACAACCAUUAUUAACAUAAAACCCCCUGCCAUCUCCCAAUAUCAAACACCCCUCUUUGUAUGAUCCGUUCUAAUUACCGCAGUACUACUCCUACUAUCCCUACCCGUUCUUGCCGCCGGCAUCACAAUACUUCUAACAGACCGAAACCUAAACACAACCUUCUUUGACCCUGCCGGAGGAGGAGACCCCAUCCUUUACCAACACUUAUUCUGAUUCUUUGGACACCCUGAAGUUUAUAUUCUUAUCCUCCCCGGCUUUGGAAUAAUUUCCCAUAUUGUUGCCUACUACGCAGGCAAAAAAGAACCUUUCGGAUACAUGGGAAUGGUUUGAGCCAUGAUGGCUAUCGGCCUCUUAGGGUUUAUUGUCUGAGCCCAUCACAUGUUCACCGUAGGAAUGGACGUAGAUACACGGGCUUACUUUACUUCCGCCACAAUAAUUAUUGCCAUCCCAACCGGAGUAAAAGUCUUCAGCUGAUUAGCAACUCUGCACGGCGGUGCCAUUAAAUGAGAAACCCCCCUCUUAUGAGCGCUAGGUUUUAUUUUCCUCUUUACAGUAGGAGGACUAACCGGAAUUGUUCGAGCCAAUUCUUCUCUAGACAUCAUGCUUCACGACACAUAUUAUGUCGUUGCCCACUUCCACUAUGUUCUCUCAAUAGGAGCCGUCUUCGCCAUCGUUGCUGGCUUCGUCCACUGAUUCCCCCUAUUCUCAGGAUACACGCUUCACGACACUUGAACAAAAAUCCACUUCGGAGUUAUAUUUGUAGGGGUUAACCUUACUUUCUUCCCACAACACUUCCUAGGACUGGCAGGGAUGCCUCGACGAUACUCCGACUACCCCGACGCCUAUACCCUUUGAAACACAAUCUCUUCUAUUGGCUCAAUAAUUUCAAUAGUCGCAGUAAUUAUGUUUUUAUUUAUUAUUUGAGAAGCAUUUGCCGCUAAACGAGAAGUCCUAUCAGUGGAACUUACAGCAACAAACGUAGAGUGACUUCACGGCUGCCCUCCCCCUUACCACACCUUUGAAGAACCUGCAUUCGUCCAAGUUCAACAAGCCUGAUUAGACUACGGAAAAUCUACUGCCGCCCCCUCAAAAUCCCACUAA